AUGACGAAGAGCGAUGAUGCCCUUAUGUUGAAGUCAGAGCAGGAGAAAUUAUUGGAAGAAACAUGUCUUACGGUGCGAUCCUUAUCAUUCGAAAUGAAACGGUGUUUGGAUAAAGGUGUUCUGAUGGAUGCAUUAAAGCAUGCAUCACAAAUGCUUGCGGAGUUGCGUACCGGAACACUUACACCGAAGUACUACUACAGGCUUUAUGUUGAUGUAACUAAUGAAUUGCAACACUUAGAAACACAUCUCACUGAAGAUUAUGAAAAAGGAAGGAAAGUCGCUGAUUUAUAUGAGCUUGUACAGUAUGCUGGCAAUGUUAUCCCUCGUUUAUAUUUACUAGUAACUGUUGGUGUUGUGUACAUAAGACUGGGGGAAGCGAAUGCUCGAGAUAUAUUGAAGGAUUUAGUUGAAAUGUGUCGCGGUGUACAACAUCCACUUCGAGGUCUUUUUCUGCGUAAUUAUUUGCUACAGUGCACGAGGAAUUUGUUGCCCGAUAUAGCAGAGAGUGAUAAUAACGAUCAUGGUGAUGUACGAGAUGCAAUCGAUUUCAUUAUGGUGAACUUUGCUGAAAUGAAUAAAUUAUGGGUACGAAUGCAGCACCAAGGACCAAGUCGAGAGAAGGAUAAGCGUGAACGUGAACGACGAGAGUUGCGAAUCUUGGUAGGAACAAAUCUUGUUCGACUUUCGCAGCUGGAAAAUCUCAAUAUUGAUACUUACCGCAAGAUUGUAUUGCCUGGAAUUUUGGAGCAAGCCGUGUCAUGCAAAGAUGCGAUCUCUCAAGAAUAUCUUAUGGAAUGUGUUAUUCAGGUCUUUCCAGAUGAGUAUCACUUAGCAACUUUGCAUGAAUUUCUCCAUGCUUGUUCUGAAUUGGAUCAAGGUGUGCAGAUAAAAAACGUUUUCGUAGCUUUAAUUGAUCGUCUUGCAAUUUAUGCAUCAUCUGAAGGUGUUGAAAUUCCCAACGAUAUGCCACUGUUUGAGAUCUUUUCAAAGCAGACACAAUCAGUGAUAAUGAGUCGGGAGGGAAUGCCACCGGAAGAUGUCGUUUCAUUGCAGACUACUCUCGUUAACUUUGCUUUGAAAUGUUACUCGGAAAGAACUGAUUAUGCAGAUAUAGUUUUCGCCACCACAGCAAAUGUUUUCACUAAGUUUAAAAUAUCAAGAGCUCCGUACAAUAGCAUUGUUGGCCAUGAAAUAAUGAAAAUUUUGCGAAUCCCAGUGGAUCAAUACAAUGACGUUGACAAACUCCUUCAGUUGGAACACUAUAGUGAUGUCUUAGGAUUGAUGGAUUACCGUGGUAGAACCCAGGCAGCAGCAUAUGUUUUACAGAAGAUGGUAGAUAAUGAUACAGUUUUAACUACAAUGGAAGCAGUGGAGAAACUAUUAAAUUUAAUCGAGCCAUUACUGGUGGAUCAGGAAGACCAGCCUGAAGAUCUAGGAAUGAAUGAAGACUUUGCCGAUGAGCAAGCCCUUGUUUCACGAUUUGUUAAUCUCAUCCAUGCUCCAACAACAGAUCAGCAGUUUUUGAUAAUCAGUGCAGUGAGAAAGCGUUUUGGUGCUGGGGGACGUUACCGAAUUCAGUAUUCGUUGCCUACCAUUACUUUUGCCUUAUAUCAGUUAAUUCUUCGCUAUGCGGCUGAAUCCGAUGAUGAAAAACGUGAUGCAAAACUGCAAAAAAUAUUCGUCUUUUGUAUGCAUACAGUAGACGCUUUAGUUUCGUCAGCAGAACUUUCACAGUUACCAAUACGAUUGUAUUUGCAGGGAGUAUUGAUCGCUGACCAAAUCAAAUUUGAAAACAGUGUGACUGUUGCAUAUGAAUUCUUUUCUAAGGCUUUUUCCAUUUAUGAAGAGGAAGUUGCUGAUAGUCGAGAACAGCUGGCAGCAAUAUCAUUACUUAUAGGUACUCUUGAGCGAGUAAAAUGCUUAACAGAAGAAAAUCAUGAACCGUUACGUACUCAGUGCGCUCAUUCCUCUGCUAAGCUUUUUAAAAAAGCUGAUCAGUGUGUAGCAGUUUGCUUAGUAGCACAUUUGUUUUGGAAUGGUCAUACAGCAAACAGUGAUCUUCCGAUGAAAGAUUCCGUGCAGGUCAUAAAUUGCCUAAAAAAAGCUUUACGUGUUGCAUCUCAGUGCAUGGAUCCAGUUGUCCAAAUACAACUUUAUAUAACUGUCUUUAAUCACUAUCUUUAUUUCUAUGAAGAUGGAUGUGAUGAGAUUACAAUCGAUAUAUUGAAUCAAGUUGUUGGAAAGAUUCGUGAAUUAAUUGUACAGUUAGAGCCAUCAAAUGAAGCGGAACAAAUAACUACACAUUUCGAUUAG